GACCGCUCCGCCUUCGACACCGACGUGAUUUCCAUGACCCGCCUCGUGAUGGAGGAAGGGCGGCGCGCCAGGGGCACCGGCGAGUUCACCCAGCUCCUCAACUCCCUCUGCACCGCCGUCAAGGCCAUCUCCAGCGCCGUGCGCAAGGCCGGCAUCGCCAACCUCUAUGGAAUUGCUGGUUCUACCAAUGUGACAGGAGACCAAGAAGAGAUAGAUAUCCUCUCCAAUGAUCUGGUGAUUAAUAUGCUCAAGUCAUCCUUCAGCAUAUGUGUUAUUGUGUCAGAAGAAAACAAAGAUGCUAUAAUAGUAGAAGCUGGAAAAAGGGGUAAAUACAUAGUCUGCAUAGACCCUCUAGAUGGCUCAUCUAACAUUGACUGCCUUGUUUUCAUUGAGACCAUCUUUGGCAUCUACAGAAAGGUGUCCCCGAUGAACCUUCUGGGAAAGAUGCUUUACAACCUGGACAUAAUCUCGUGGCAGCUGGUUGUGCUCUCUAUAGGAGUGCCACAAUGCUAGUACUGGCUACUUCUGCUGGAGGUGU